AUGAAUAUCGACGCACAAGAAAAAGCGCCUCAAGCUGCCAAGCCUGAGAAGAAGGAAAAGAAGCCCAAGAAGCCAAAGGCCACUGGCACUGAAAGCGAGUAUCCUUUGGAGGUCACUCCUGCUCCCGAAUACUUGGCUCAUCGUAUUGAAAUGUUUGAGCGCCUCAAGAAACAAGUUGACGAGGAAAUCAAGAAUAAACCGCGUGAACCCAUCACUAUCACUUUGCCUGACGGCUCCGUCAAGGAAGGUACUUCCUGGGAGACCUCUCCCAUGACCAUUGCUCUCGGCAUCGCCAAAUCCUUGGCUGAACGCAUGGUCAUUGCCAAGGUUGACGGCGAACUCUGGGAUUUGGAACGUCCUCUCGAAGCUUCCUGCAAGUUGGAAUUGUUGGAUUUUGAACAUGACGAAGGCAAAAAGGUCUUUUGGCACUCGAGUGCUCACAUGCUCGGUGAAGCUUGUGAAAGACACUACGGUUGUCAUUUGUGUAUCGGACCCCCACUUGAAGAUGGCUUCUAUUAUGAAAUGGGUCUCAAGGAUCGUGCUGUGUCGCAGCAGGACUAUGCUUCUCUUGAGAAGCUGGUGGGUAUGAUUGGCAAGGAGAAGCAGCCUUUUGAGCGUCUGGUCUUGUCCAAGGAAAACUUGUUGGAAAUGUUCAAGCAUAACCCCUACAAGGUCCACAUCAUCAAUGAUAAAAUUCCUGAUGGCACCGCCACCACCGUCUACCGUUGCGGUCCCUUGAUCGAUUUGUGCCGUGGUCCUCACGUUCCUCACACUGGUCGUGUCAAGGCUUUCGCUGUCACCAAGAAUUCCGCUUCUUACUUCUUGGGUGAUGCCAAGAACGAUUCGCUUCAGCGUCUCUACGGUAUCUCCUUCCCCGACAAGAAGCAAAUGACUGAAUACAAGAAAUUCAUUGAAGAGGCCGCCAAGCGUGACCAUCGUAAGAUUGGCAAGGAACAAGAGCUCUUCUUCUUCCAUGAAUUGUCUCCUGGUUCCGCAUUCAUGCUUCCCCACGGUGCUCGUAUCUACAAUGCUUUGAUGGAUCUUAUCAAGGGCGAGUAUGGUCAUCGCGGUUUUACCGAAGUUAUUACCCCCAACAUGUACAACUUGAAGCUUUGGAAUCAAUCCGGCCACGCCGCCAAGUACAAGGAAAACAUGUUCUGUCUCGAAGUCGAUAAGGAAGAAUUUGGCUUGAAGCCUAUGAACUGCCCCGGUCACUGUCUUAUGUUCGGACACAAGGAACGCAGUUACCGUGAGUUGCCUAUCCGUCUUGCCGAUUUUGGUGUCCUCCACCGUAACGAAUUCUCUGGUGCUUUGUCCGGUUUGACUCGUGUUCGUCGUUUCCAGCAGGACGAUGCUCACAUCUUCUGUCGUGAGGAUCAGAUCGAGGACGAAAUGACCAACUGUUUCGACUUCUUGAACCACAUCUAUGGUAUCUUUGGUUUUGAUUUCCACUUGAAACUGUCGACUCGUCCUGAAAACUUCCUUGGUGAAAUUUCCGUUUGGGACAAGGCCGAAAAGAAAUUGCAAGAUGCUUUGGAGAAGUUUGCUCAGAAGCAAGGUAUCACCUGGGAAAUCAACCCUGGUGAUGGUGCUUUCUACGGUCCCAAGAUCGAUAUUGUUAUCUCGGACGCUUUACGUCGCAAGCAUCAGUGCGCUACUAUCCAGCUUGAUUUCCAGUUACCUCAACGUUUCGACUUGGAGUACCGUUCCGGUGAUGCCAACACUGAUCAGACUUUCCAACGCCCUGUCAUUAUUCAUCGUGCUAUUCUCGGAUCCGUUGAACGUAUGAUGGGUAUUUUGAUUGAACAUUUCGCCGGUAAAUUCCCCUUCUGGUUGUCUCCAAGACAGGUGUGCGUCAUUCCCGUCGCUGCUGCUUUCUUUGAUUAUGCCAAGGAAAUUACCGACAAACUGGUGAAGCUUAACGUCUAUGCCGACGCUGAUCUCUCUGAUAAUACCCUCAACAAGAAGAUCAGAAAUGCUGAGCUGGCUCAAUACAACUUCAUCUUUGUUGUUGGUGGUGAAGAAGCAAGCACCCGAUCCGUCAAUGUGCGUAACCGUGACGACGUCGGUACCAAGGCCAAGGGUCAGACCGUUCCCUUGGAUGACGUUAUUGAAGGCUGCUUACGCUUAAAGAACACCAAGAGCUUGGAAAAUCGAUUUUAA